CCAGCGAAUCACUUGUUGAGACACCAUGUCUGACGGCAGAGCCUGUCGUCAAGGUAUUUGCAUGAGGUCAAGUUGCCUUUACCAUGAGGUCGAACACUGAAACCCCUCUAAUUCUGAUUGCCCCUACAAUAUGGCGAUCGCUUGGGGGCGUCGGGUGCUGACGGGGCUCGUGGGGAUCCCGACGGCGUUAUGGCUGCUGAGCUCCGACAUGGGCAUGCUGUUGCUCGCCACGACGCUCUGCUGCCUGUCGCUCGUGGAGUUCACAACCUCCAUCAGCCCACAGAUCGUGCCACAGCCAAAGGCGGCGACGGAGAAGCUGGCACAUUAUGCGCUGGUGAUUGCUUCGGGUGCUGUACUGUGCGUAGGCGCGUGGAGUGGCGCCAAAACUGUCUAUGAUGCAUUGAGCCUCGGUGUUACAUUGGCGAUCUUCUCGUUCCAUAUCGCCAGCACCAAGAAGAUGGACCAGACAGCGCUGAUCAAGUUGUUGCUGGAUCUGUUUGCACUGCUGUACAUUGUAAAUGGUUUCAGUCAUGCCAUUUUACUCCGGUACAGCUCGAGCAAGUACGGACUUGGACUGCAGAUCCUCGGACUGUGCUGCGCUUGGGUGUGUGAUAGCGGUGCACUUGUUGCAGGGUCCUUCAUGGGCCACGCAAAGCUGGCGCCAGUUGUUAGUCCAGGCAAGACCCUUGUGGGCGCGAUCGCAGGCAUCAUCUCUAGCGUGGCCACGGUGCUGGUCAUGUUUGCACUCCCACAUUUUUCUAGUGUCUUGCCCUGGACGCACGAACUGCUGCCUCCGCUCGAUGUGGUGCCUGUCACGCACCAACUAGUACUCGGUACAGUUCUUGGCGUUUUAUGCAUCGUGGGGGACUUAGUCGAGUCGUACGUGAAGCGUGUCGCUGGCGUGAAGGACUCCGGAGCUUUCUUCCCCGGCCAUGGCGGUUGCCUCGACCGGAUGGACAGCUUCCUGUUUGUUGCGCCGUGUCUGUACUUCUAUAGUCAGUUCGCAUUGCCAAACUAAGUCGGCCACGGGAUUCACAUCAAUAGAAAACUAAAGCUUACUGCAAUUUGCAAUUUACAUUGUGGCAUCAACAGCCUCCUCCACGAU